GAUAUAGUGAAUGCAGGGUCCGGGGGUGAGAGCAGAUAUAGUGAAUGCGGGGGUCCGGGGAGGGCGGAUAUAGUGAAUUAUGGAGAUAUAGUGAAUGCGGGGUCCGGGGAGAGCGGAUAUAGUGAAUGCGGGGUCCGGGGGAGCGGAUAUAGUGAAUGCUGGGUCCGGGGAGAGCGGAUUAUAGUGAAUGCGGGGUCCGGGGAGAGCGGAUAUAGUGAAUGCGGGGUCGGGGAGAGCAGGAUAUAGUGAAUGCAGGGUCCGGGGGUGAGCGGAUAUAGUGAAUGCGGGGUCCGGGGAGAGCGGAUAUAGUGAAUGCGGGGUCCGGGGAGAGCGGAUAUAGUGAAUGCGGGGUCCGGGAGAGCGGAUAUAGUGAAUGCGGGGUCCGGGGGAGAGCAGAUAUAGUGAAUGCGGGGUCAGGGGAGAGCGGAUAUAGUGAAUGCGGGGUCCGGGGAGAGCGGAUAUAGUGAAUGCGGGGUCCGGGGA